AUGUCUUCUGCCGUCGACAACCUUGCAGACAACCUCGCCACUACCAGUAUCGGUGCCAUGGAUGCCUCCGCUGCAAACAAUGAUGCAGUCCUGGCUUCUGCUGCAGAAGGUCGUCGAUUGUAUAUAGGGAAUCUCGCUUAUGCGACCACUGAGGCGGAACUCAAGCAGUUCUUCUCUGGCUAUGAUGUCGAGUCAACUUCCAUCCCUGUCAACCCACGCACCAACCGUCCUGUCGGCUAUGCCUUUGUCGAUUUGAAGACUGCAGAGGAGGCGGAGAAAGCCAUUACCAACCUCUCAGGCAAAGACAUCCUUGAACGCAAGGUGUCCGUCCAACUUGCUCGCAAGCCUGAGCAAAAUGCUGCGGCCACUGACUCUGCUGCCGAAGGCGGUGACGCCGAUCGGAAGAGAUCCGCUGGUCGAGGCCGGGGUGGUCGAGGCCGUGGGCGAGGCGGUCGUGCUCGUGGCGGCGCCAGAUCCGAUGGCACUGCCGCCGCUCCUGCCACCGAUCUGGCAGAAAACCCACUUCCCUUGACUGAUGUCACUACAGAAGCCAACAAACAAGCUGCGCCUUCAGCAGAUGCCAAAGCCCGUACACCUCGCCCACCCAAACAACGAGGCCCACCCGAGGAUGGCAUUCCAUCCACCACCAAGGUCAUGGUUGCCAACCUUCCUUAUGACCUGAGUGAGGAGAAGCUUAAGGAACUCUUCGCUGCUUAUGAGCCAAGUUCUGCCAAAAUCGCCCUUCGCCCAAUUCCUCGCUUCAUGGUCAAGAAGCUUCAAGCUCGCAAUGAGCCUCGCAAGGGUCGUGGCUUCGGCUUUGUUACCCUUGGCUCUGAGGACCUACAAAAGAAGGCUGUUGAAGAGAUGAACGGCAAACAAAUUGAGGGUCGUGAAAUUGCCGUCAAAGUCGCCAUCGACAGCCCAGGCAAGGAAGAUGGCACCGACGGGUUCGAGACCACUGAGAAUGGUACCAACGGCACUACUGAGGAAGUCACAACAACUGCUUGA